GCAGGAGGUGGUUUUGCCGGUCUCCUCUUCCUGCUGCAGCCAGCCCAGCGUGCGGGCCAUGGGCCCUGCCGGCGGGUGAGGCAGCCGCUGGGCAGGCAUGCUCGGAAGCCCGGGGCCUGGGAGCCUGGGAGCCCAGGGCAUGGCGGGACCCCUGCGGGGCCGGGUGGAGGAGCUGAAGCGGCCCUGGUGGCGAGAGAGCUCACCGCUGGUGCUGCGGCACAGCGAGGCGGCCCGGCUGGCGGCCGACGCCCUCCUGGAGCGGGGUGAGGCUGCCUACCUGCGGGUCAUCUCCGAGGAGCGGGAGCUGCCCUUCCUGAGCGCCCUGGAUGUGGACUACAUGACCAGCCAUGUGCGCGGGGGCCCUGAGCUCAGCGAGGCCCAGGGGCAGGAGGCCUCGGGGCCAGACCGCCUCAGUCUGCUCUCCGAAGUCACCUCAGGCACUUACUUCCCCAUGGCCUCUGACAUAGACCCCCCGGACCUGGACCUGGGCUGGCCCGAGGUGCCACAGGCCACGGGCUUCAGCCCCACCCAGGCUGUGGUCCACUUCCAGAGGGACAAGGCCAAGAACAUCAAGGACCUGCUGCGCUUCCUCUUCAGCCAGGCCCGCACGGUAGUGGCUGUGGUGAUGGACAUAUUCACUGACAUGGAGCUUCUGUGUGACCUCAUGGAGGCCUCGAGCCGGCGUGGUGUCCCUGUGUACCUGCUCCUGGCCCAGGAGCACCUGAGGCACUUCCUGGAGAUGUGUUACAAGAUGGACCUCAAUGGGGGGCACCUGCCGAACAUGCGUGUGCGGAGCACGUGUGGGGACACAUAUUGCAGCAAGGCUGGCCGCCGCUUCACGGGGCAGGCCCUGGAGAAGUUCGUCCUCAUCGACUGUGAGCAGGUGGUGGCGGGCAGCUACAGCUUCACCUGGCUUUGCAACCAGGCCCACACUAGCAUGGUGCUGCAGCUCAGGGGCCGCAUCGUGGAAGACUUUGACCGGGAGUUCCGCUGUCUGUACGCCGAGUCGCGGCCUGUGGAAGGCUUCUGCAGCGGUGAGGACCUGCUGUCUCCCCGGGCACUGCGUCCUCCCCCCGUGGCCCUAGCCUUCAGGCCUGGCAUCCCAAGCCCCACAUCGUCCCCGCCCUCCAGCACCAGCCUCAGUAGCAUCAAGCGGUCACCACUUACGGGUCUCUCCUCCUGCCUCGCUCUACCAGGAGGUGGUGAUUGCAGUGACAUGGGCAUGGGGUCCUCGUCCCUGGGUCCUGCCCGCCAUGAGGCCCAUGGCCAGCCCUCCCUGCAUCGCCAACUGUCAGACCCUAACCAUGGCUCCCCUCCUGGGCUCUGUAGGGCCAACCUGGGCAAGCUAGGGGCAUACCCGUGGUCCCAGUCCUCCCCUGCCCUCAACCAUAACAGUGCCAGCCCCUUGACCUUGGCAGUGGGGUCCCCUCUGCUUCCUCGCUCCCGGCCCCUCCUCCAGUUCCACUGGGGUGUCCCAGCUAUGUCCCGGUUCCCAGAGAAUGGGCUCCCAGGAAGCCAAGAGCCCAGCCCCCUGCGGGGUCGAUGGGUACCUGGCACAGCCCUGGAGACAGUGGAGGAGAAGGAGAAGAAGGCAUCUCCAAGUCAGAGCCGUGGCCAGCUGGAUCUCCUUGUCCCCUUCCCCAGAGCCCGAGAAGUGAGAGACUCUGACUCUGGGGUUACCCCCAACUCAAGCCCCCUUCGGCCUGGCGAGCAGGCCCCAGAGGACAGGAGGUUGUCCCCAAGCCAGGCCAACAGCCAGCUGGAUCUUCUGUCCCGAGCCCUGGGUACUGGGGGUGCCCCUGAGUCAGGCUCCCUCCGACCUGGUGACCGGGCCCUGGAGGACAGGAGGAUGUCCCUAAGCCAUAGCCAUGGCCAAUCAGACCUCCUGGUGCAGUACCCCAAGGCCCAGGGCUCCAGAGUGCCCCUUGAAACCAGCUCCUCAGUCAGACCUGCCAGACAGGGUCCAGGUGAGCGGCGGCAGACCCUGGGACACAGCCAGCUGGACCUCAUCACAAAGUUCGGCCCAUUCCGGGGUGAGGGGCCUGGGCCCAAUGGUCUUCCAAUACCAAGCCCUGCUCGCACAACUGGAGUGGGGUCUGGGGAUGAGAAACGGCUUACCCUGGGCCACAGCAAGCUGGACCUCAUCACCAAGUAUCAUCAGUUGCAAGGUGCCAGGCAGGCACCGGAGCCUGGGGCUCCCAAGGGUGGCCAUCUCAACGGUGGUAACAGUGACCUGGUCAGGGAUGAGAAACGGCUGACCCUGGGUCACAGCAAACUGGACCUCAUCACUAAGUACAACAAGUCCAAGUUCAGGCAGCUCCGAAGCCGCUUUGAGUCCUAGCCAAAAGACUGGCGUGGG